UUCGCCAUAUCCCAACAGCGAGCGUCACGUGACUCGAUUAACCGUAGCAUGAGCUCAGCUUUAUGCUGCACGAUAGCUACAAACAAUUCAGACGCGGGCUUCAGUAAUGUGGUUUCAGUAACCUUUGAGUUAUAAAGUAGCUUCACGGGAUAACAUUCAAUCGUGCUAGAGAGUGUAUUCCCCCAGAAAUCGCGGUUUUAUUGGGGUACAUUAGCACAUCCUCUCCGAGCUAACUAGCAAAGGUUAGCGCGACAGCUAACAUCAACAUGAACAUGGACAACGCGAACCAGUCCGUCACAACAGGAGUCCCCUCCACGACGUCUUCAACUUCAAGUAAUUGUAUCGCAAACGAUAAUGCUGCGACCACCGUGAGCAGCAUACCACCGGCAGCGACUAAUGCUUCAGCCUCAGCAGCUGUAGUGACACCGGUAGCAGAUACGUCUGUCUCCAACGGUGUUUACCUACCUGCCGGCUUCACCAAUGGAGAUGUAAAGCCCGCCCUCUCCACUACGCCUCUGGCCGAUUUCCUCAUGCAGUUGGAGGACUACACUCCCACAAUUCCCGAUGCGGUUACAGGCUACUACCUCAACCGUGCUGGUUUUGAGGCGUCAGAUCCACGGAUAAUCCGUCUGAUCUCCCUUGCCUCUCAGAAGUUUAUCUCAGACAUUGCCAAUGAUGCGCUGCAGUACUGCAAAAUGAAGGGCACUGCCUCAGGUAGCUCAAGAAGUAAGACGAAGGAUAAGAAGUACACUCUGACUAUGGAGGACCUGACUCCUGCCCUUUCAGAAUAUGGCGUGAAUGUCAAGAAACCUUAUUACUUUACAUAGAACAUAGUCGCCCUUCAAAGCUUUUUGCUUCUGCUAGUUAUUAUCCCCCUGCUGGCCCAGUACAGUCUGUCAACACCUUCACUGCUAAAUGUUUUUUGACCAUGACUGAGUACAGCUUUGACAAAUCUUUGUAGUCACUUUGCCAUUUUUUCAAGGCGCUACCUUUGCAUUUUGUUAAAUUGUGAACAUUUUUGUUUUAUUGUGAGAAUAAAACAUUUAAGAAAUA